AUGGAUUCUAUAAAACACGCUUCUGGCGAUAAUAAAAUUUCAACAUCUCCAAGGCUUGUAGAUGACACGAAGCUAACUGUAAAAGAAGAGCAAACCCUUGUAUGCGAAGAACAACAAACAGAAAAGGGAGAUGAUAAAGAGGGACAGAGUGAAGUUACAACGCAGAUGAUCGAUGACAAUGAAGCUAAAAUGAAGGAAAGAAUAGCCCAAUGCAAAAAUAUAAUUGAGGCUCUGAAGAUUGAACUUAAUGAAGAGAAAGCGAAACUAGAAAAGCAAAGCAAAAAUUCUCAACGUGUUUCUGAGCCUACCUCAAAAUGCACAACCAGUCAUCAGUGUCUCUCGACAUCUAAUGUGUUGACGGGGGAUGUACCGUACAGUACCAACUUGUACAGCGACUGUGUGGAUAGUAAACUGAGUUGUGACGAAAAUUUAAUGGAAUAUGAAAAACAAUUGCAAAAAUAUCAGAAUACGCUCAAUUUAGCGCAAAUUGAAAAGAAAAAUGCGAUCAGGAAGCAAAUGUUGGCCAAAGCUUAUCGCCUUAAGCUUUUAGAAGUUGAAAAUCAAUGUAACAUUGAACUUUUGAGAGUUAAACAAAGUUUACAAUGCUUAGAGCCUUUGCAAAUUAUUGCAAGUAAGUGGAAAACGAAUUCCGAUGAUAUGUAUGAUGCCAAUAAUUUUGAGCUGAUACCUAGAUAUCCAGAGCUUAACGCUAAUUCAAGCAGUGACAUUACUUCGUUUGAAGCGGAUUUGAAAACUGUUACUGAAGCCGAAACGAUAGUUAAAGAGGAUUCUGUUUAUUUAGAUUGA